UCUCUUCGUUCCAGGACAACAAUUCUCAUGUUCCUAAAAAAAAAAACUAGGAUAAUUCAUCAGAAGUUUACCUUUCCCUGUAAAAUUUGAUCUAUGUCCAUGGUUUCCCCAAUCUUCAGACAUGGAAGGUUUCUCUGACCUGGAAGACUCGCCUUGCCUUCUCUCUAGUAAUGUUAUCGAAGCGCGGAAAGAAGCUUGACUCCUCUGAGGUAGGUACAUGCGAGGCUGCCUUAAAGCACAAUGAUCAUAAGUUUUCAUAUAUAUUGCAACUGAGAUCUUUUUUUUCUUUCUAUUUUCUUGUGCAGUCAAGUCAUCAAUCAGCUAAUCUUACUGAUUAUCCACCGUUAAAUAUCAUUCAUCCAACUCCACAACCAUGCAGAGAGAUGCAGAAGCCAUUGUUCGAUCAGAGGAAGAUGGAAAAUCUUAUACAACCAGAACCCGCUGGGUCCAACAGUCACUACAAUCUUGUCCCCAGUCCGAAAAUCCCAUCUUCCGCAACCACCACGCAAAGAGAUGCAGCAACAACCAUUGUUCAUCAAUCUCCUCCACAACCACGCAAAGAGAUGCAGAAGCCAUUGUUCGACCCCAAGAAGAUGGAAAAUCUUAUAAAACCAGAGCCGGUUGGGUUCAGUAAUCACAACCGCCCCACCCCCAGCCCAAAAAUACCAUCAAGUACCACGCAAAGAGAUGCAUCAACAACCAUUGUUCAUCAAUCUCCACAGCCACACAAAGAGAUGCAUAAGCCAUCGUUCGAUCCCAAGAAGAUUGAAAAUCUCACAAAACCAGACCCCGCUGGGUUCAGUAAUAAUCACCACCGUCCUGUCCCAAGUCCGAAAAUCCCAUCCUCACCCGGUUCCAACAUGACCGAGUCACAACUGGUCAAUACCAAUACCAACACCAACACCAAACCAAACAACAACAGCAGCAACAACAAUAGCAACGGCAGUAGCAAUAUGAGUUCAAGAAACAACAGCAUCGAGAGCACUUCCUCUAACCCCUCGAAGCCACACACAGGUGGUGACAUCAGGUGGGACGCUGUGAAUACGUUGACCUCUAAAGGAGUCCAGCUCGGGAUCAGCGAUUUCCGGCUCCUGAAACGACUCGGUUAUGGAGACAUUGGGAGUGUUUACCUAGUUGAGCUCAGAGGGACCAACACCUUUUUCGCCAUGAAAGUGAUGGACAAGGCGUCCUUGGUUAGCAGGAACAAGCUGUUGCGAGCUCAAACAGAGAGAGAGAUCUUGUCUCAGCUUGAUCACCCGUUCUUGCCCACAUUAUACUCUCAUUUCGAGACUGAUAAAGUCUACUGCUUGGUCAUGGAGUUCUGCGGUGGCGGCAAUCUCUAUUCCUUGAGACAGAAGCAACCCAACAAAUGGUUCACUGAAGACGCCGCGAGAUUGUUUGCUUCUGAAGUGCUAUUGGCAUUGGAGUAUUUACACAUGCUCGGAAUAGUAUACCGUGAUUUGAAGCCAGAGAAUGUUCUGGUCAGAGACGACGGACACAUCAUGCUCUCCGACUUCGAUCUCUCCCUCCGAUGUUCCGUAAAUCCAACCCUCGUCAACUCCUCCUCCUCCUCCGGCGGCGGAAGCGGUCGUCCGGUCGGAUUCAUCGAAGAGGAACCCCAAGCGUCCACAUUCUUCCCGCGCAUCCUCCAAUCCACAAGAAAAAACCGUAAGGCCAAAUCAGACUUCGGACUAUUCGUAAACGGAUCCAUGCCUGAGCUCAUGGCGGAGCCGACAAACGUGAAAUCGAUGUCGUUCGUGGGGACGCACGAGUACUUAGCACCGGAGAUCAUCCGGGGAGAGGGUCACGGAAGCGCCGUUGACUGGUGGACACUAGGGAUCUUCAUCUACGAGCUCCUCUACGGUUCGACGCCGUUUAAAGGACAGGAGAACCGCGCGACGCUCCACAACGUGAUCAAACAGGCGCUGAGGUUCCCCGAUCUCCCUCACGUGAGCUCGGCCGCGAGGGAUCUCAUCAAGGGGCUGCUGGUCAAGGAGCCGCAGAAGCGGAUCGCUUAUAAACGAGGCGCCACAGAGAUCAAGCAGCAUCCGUUCUUCGAAGGCGUGAACUGGGCAUUGAUACGGAGCGCGACGCCGCCGCACGUGCCGGAACCGGUGGAUUUCACUGCGUUCGCGAGCAAGGGAGAUGGCGGGAAGAAGAGUAACACUAAUCAUAAUGAUUUUGAAUACUUUUAGCAAUUUUAUAAUGACUAUACAAUUCAUUAUACACCUCUUUUCAAACAUUUAAUUAAUACUUUUUGUUGUCUUUAUUUAAUUAGAGAUCAAUACCAAGUGUAUAAAACGUGAAUUUAAUUCAACUAUUUGUAAUUUUUGUAUAUAUA